AUGUCGGGUGUCCAUCCUAAAGCAUUUCCAUUAGCUGAUGGGGUUUUGACGCAGCAAAUUUUGGAUCUUGUUCAGCAAGCAUCACAUUAUAAGCAAUUAAAAAAGGGUGCAAAUGAGGCUACAAAGACUCUUAAUAGAGGGAUUAGUGAGUUUAUCGUUAUGGCAGCUGAUACAGAACCUAUUGAGAUUCUUCUUCAUCUUCCAUUGCUUUGUGAAGACAAAAAUGUACCAUAUGUUUUUAUCGCAUCGAAAAUUGCAUUAGGGCGUGCAUGUGGUGUUACACGCCCUGUUAUUUCAGCAAGUAUUACAACGAAUGAAGCAUCUGAUUUAAAGUCACAGAUCCAGACAAUUAAGAAUAAUAUUGAAAAAUUGCUCGUUUAG